CUGAAUGUCACUUUUCAUGUUAAAUUUCCUUUCUGAAAUGUCUUUAAUCGCAGUUCACCUGCCGGUGAGGAUCAGUUCUAUAAAUAUUUUUCAUUUUGUUUAUCAUAGCCCUGGUUGAGCUAUUUUUAUCUUCAAAAACUCAAGGAUGUAAAGUAAACGCAGUUUGAUAAGGAACAGUUUUGCGAUGUAAAUAUUGUUGGGGUUGUAAGAGGUACACAUUAGCUUUGAAUAACAAUGUUGAACAGCUAGAAGCGACAUCUUAUAAAUUUGACAUCCCUAAGUUGGUAAAGUACCAAACUAGCCUGAAGCCAGUUGAAGAAGAUUCUGAAGCGAAAAGUAGUUUUUUUCUGACUUUUUUAAAUAUAACUCAGAACUGCAGCGCUACAAGAGCAUUUUACAUCGGUCAACUUUUCUCUGAGCCUAAUUCUUACGAAACAUACUAGGCACGUAACAUGGGACUGGAAAAGGGUCUUCUUUUGUUACGUGACUGUUUGUUCUCUUUCCCAAAUCUCAUGGGCGAUUAUAACUACUGGAAAAUUUAAUUGUUAGAAUUAAAAUGAAACUGUAGCAUUUCACCUCAGCUUUGAAGUCAGCUUUAAAUGUUGUAUGGAAAAAGGGAACUCUAAAUAAAUUAACAUAAAGGCAUUAUUAUUUCAUAAUAAACAUUUUCAGAAACCUUUAACGGGUUCAUCAGCGAGAAAAUAUAGGUGGCCGGUCAAACCUCAAUUAAAGAGCGUUCAAUUCAUAUACAAACAAGAAAAUUCUGACAUACAAGAGUUCAAGAGCUCUACAGUUUGAGUGAGAUAAAAUCAUGGGUUACAUUUCCUUGAAUUUUAGCCAGACUAAGUGCGAAAAUAACAUCUUUUAAGAAAAGCAAGUGAAUUGUGUGCGACGCGAACCUAACAACAGCAGCUGCAAAGAAGACCUUGCUUAUCUUUGAUGGUCCUCUACAUUCUUUUUCAGAACAAUUAUUCUCCUUUCCAUCUUGCGCCUCAAACUUCUUACUCAGUCUAACCUUUCGCUGGAUAUGCGGCUAUGUUUGUUAAUCAGCAGUGCAUCAAACAGCUGGACAGAAUGGUCAAUGCAAAGUGCUGAUUUUAAAGAUAAACUUUUGCCUGUAUGAAUUCCUUUUCGGUAACCAAUAAGGAGUCAUCCUUGAGUCAGCCGCUUGUGGUGUCUUAGUCAUGCGAUUAGCUUAAAAGAGCCGAUUGUUUGGUUCACCGUAUGUAACUUGAAUUUGUGAUUACCAGUUCUUUUCUUUUUUUGUUUUUGUUUUUGUUUUUUUUUCAGGUAAACUUCUGAAAGUGAUCAUCUAAGUAGGUACAAGUUCCAUAGAGCGAGAUGAACAACAGUAGUGGGGCUGUUGAGGGCAACCAAGGAUCUGUGACAACAUGUCCUCAUUGGGAUAAUUCUUCUGUACUCCAAUGGAUCAAGACUAUUGUGUACCUGUUCAUUGUAUUUUUGGCCCUUUUUGGAAAUACCUCGGUGAUAUGGAUAAUAUUCAGGCAUCGGCGAAUGCGAACAGCAACCAACUAUCUCAUUGCAAAUAUGGCGGUUGGGGAUCUGUUGAUGGCUAUUAUAACCAUGAUACCCAAUGCAGUGAACAUUCUACGUGGGAAUCACGACUGGGUCAACGACUCGCUCUUUGGACAAGUAUCCUGCAAAUUGUUUAUGUUCACCCAAGCUUCUUCAAUGGCCUGCUCCAUAUUCACUCUAACAGCACUGGCACUUGAGCGCUUCUUUGCAGUUGUUUUCCCAAUCUGGAAAGUAGUUAAUAUCAAGCGAACAAGAUGGCUGAUUGGCGUCAUUUGGAUGGGAUCAAUCGCCUCAGCAUCGCCGAUGUUGUAUGCAGCCAAAGUGGAAAUCUAUGACGGAGCUCCCUACUGCCUCGAGGACUGGGCCCCCGCUUUCGACGCAAGGCGAUCGCAGUCGAUCUUUACCAUUGUGUCAUUUGUACUCCUUUACGCCCUGCCUCUACUUUUGAUUUCUAUAUUGUACUCAAUCAUCAUUGCCAAGGUAUGGGGUAGGAAUAUACCGGGUAAUGCUACUCCGGCCAACCAGCGGCUUUUGAACAGGUCAAAAAGAAAUGUACUGAAGAUGUUGAUUACAGUGGUUUUGGCGUUUGCGCUGUGCUGGUUUUUGAUGCACCUUAAUGUGAUUUUGAUGGACUUCACAGACGUUUUCUCGCCUUGUGGUAUCUCCAUAGGACUACAAACCACGGGUUUUCUCUUCGGCCAUGCAAACAGUGCCAUCAACUGCUGUAUCUAUUUGAUAUUCAGCCAGGAUUUCCGAAGAGGAAUAAAGGAUAUUCUUAAGCCCCUUUUACCGAACCGCACAGCGACAUUACUUGUUGAUAACACUCGAGCUGGUUCUUCUUUGGAAGCAACAAUUGAACUCAAAACCAGUAACAGGCAGGGUAGACCGCAAGCGAGAUCAUUUAAAAUCAUACAAGUUUAGAUAAGCCUUGAUUUUGAGGUGUUACUCGCGAUUUUUUCACUCGUCACGGAGAAUCGCCUAUCAAUGUAAUGAAGCUACGAAAAAGCUGAUGAAAAGAUCAUAAGCCAUAAGGUAGCCAUUUUGAGAAGAGGAAAGAUGGAUGCGCUGUAACGUAGCUAUUGUGAGAAAGUUUUAGAUAAGAUGGCUCCAGAGAAGUUCUUUGUACUUAUCAACCCUUUUAACCCCUAAGAGAGACCAACAUCUAAUUUCCCCUUUACUUUAUGACCCCCUGAGUAAUAAUAAUAAAAAAAAACACGAAUAUCAAGGAAAUGAUCGCCAACUAAAGAAACUCUUGAUUGUUACACAAAUUCUCCUUGUAAGUACCUCAAGAAAUGAAUAGAGAACAUUAUAGAGAAUAUGCAUACUGAUGUUACGGUGGAAAGUGUUAAACAAGGGAACGAAUUUAAAGAGUUCAAAGCUGAUGUCAUGAUUCUGUAAAUAGCCAUUCAUGAUUCCAAUUGUCUCUUUGAUUUUUAAAAGUUUUCUCUAUUGAUCACUACUCUGUACUAUGAAAAGUUAGAUUUCGCGUGAGUCCUGAAGGAGUCAAAAUAAUUUAAUUGAUUCGCACUUGAUUGAUUCUUAUAACUCAGAAUAUGCGAGUUUCUUAAAACAAGUGAAUGAAUGAAUCGAUAAAUCGAAAUGCGCCUUUCAACCAAUCCUCCCGGCCGUUAAAAGAGAAAUAUGUAAGAGACCAUAUUGUUAUCUUCGUCAUUAAUAAGUUUCUUCAAGAGUUUGUUAUUUACCCCUGUUUGAGAUUCAACAGGAUGACUUAACCUCUUGUGACUAUUUUCAAAUGUGUUAACAAAAAGAUAGUGGGCGCCGCAAUUUUGAAUCUUGCUUCGCAUCCUAACCGCUUACUUGUGAUUUUCUGGGUGAUCUGUUUUAAACAGUUAGGAAUUUCAGUGUGUGAUCUGUGAAUAUCAUACUCCAUUUUUCUUAUGGCGGAGAUAACAGAUACACGGUUUCAAGAUUAUACCUUAAAAGGUGCAACAGUGAAAUGGAUAAACCGUUGAAAAUAAGGCCGGAUUCAGUGAACAGAAAACGAAUUUAUGUACAUUCAAAAUUCACACACUUUAAAUUCUACUUGUUCAAUCGCGUAAAAUAGCUUGGGUGUUCAAAAAACAUAAAAGAAUAUAAUGACGACAUUCAAGGAACCAAUGAAAUAAAGGAAAUGACUUUGUAAUGGUGUA